AUGUUCAUCAGACAUUAUGAGGUCGAUGUGGACGUGGACGCCCAGGGUAUUGUCCGCAAGACCGGGUCUCAAACGUCAUUGGUACGAUUUGCAUGCUCGCUCAGCGCGUCCAUCGACCCAAAUCGGCCAUACAAGUUGUCGACCGAAGAAUCUAGGUCCAUUAACGAUCUUCCGGCGGUUCGUGCACGGCAGGAUACCGUCCAUAGACGGAAACGGAAAUGGGACGCUCAAGCAGCCAAGUAUGAGCGAUACCGUAUAUCCUGCAAAGCCCUCUUUGGCCAUCUCGAUGAAGGAGCGUUUUCCAAAUGCCAAGCCAAAUGCCAACGUCGGCUGCGAGAUAAGCUGGAAGUUUCCCAUGACCGGACAAUGGAAGCGAAGCGACGGCACAACUGA